AUGUCCUGGAACGGCUUAAAGAAAGCGAUUAAUAGGGCGGGAGCCCAGGUCAAAAUCAAAACGGGCCACAUCGACCAAUCCGCAGACUUGGAGUUCGACUACCAGGAGAAGCGCUUCCAUGCUAUGGAAAAGGCGUCAUUGCGCCUCCACAAAGAGCUUCGAAACUACAAGGACCUGCUCCACGCUUUGGCUCAGGUGCAAGCAUCAGUGGGUGAUGUCUUAGCCGGCUUCUACGGCAAAGACGAGAAAAGCGUGGCUGCAGUGUACCAGCAAGCUAUGAGGGAAGUGGCAGAGAGUGGUGAAGAGUUGGAGCAGCCGUAUUUGCAGACGGUGUUGAACCCUAUCGAGCGCUUUAACUCAUACUACGUUGAUGUCAAUGAGGCCAUCAAGAAACGGUCGCACAAGAAAAUUGACUACGAUGCUCUCAAAGCCAAGGUGCAGAAACUAAUAGAUAAUCCCAAGGAGGACCCUGCUUCUGAGCUCAAGCUUCGUGACACCCAGGAAGAACUAGCGAGGGCGCAGACCAGCUACGGAGUGCUCAAUAGCCAGCUCAAGGAUGAACUUCCGCAGCUUAUUGAAAUGCGGAUUCCGUACUUAAAUCCAUCGUUUGAGGCAUUUGUCAAGAUCCAGUUGCGGUUUUUUGGGGACAACUAUGCCCGUCUUAACAAGGUGCAGAAGCAGUUGGAUGCGGAAUCUCGCCACGACUUUGUGUCGGGGCAGCUUGAUAAGAAGAUGGAUGACGUCUUAAACAAGAUACGUGAGCUUAAUGUGGCGCUCUAA